CGUCAUCAGAGCGCGCCGCCUCUAUCACGUGGGGGCGGCAAUGGCGCUGAGCCGCGGUGGAGCGGCCGCGGCUCGGGCGGCGGGCGCGCAGCCCCCCGAGAAUGUGGUGCGCAUCCCCUGGGCGCUGCGGCUGCGCCUGCAGCGGGGUGAGCGGGACCGCCGGCGCGGGCAGGGACAGGGACAGAGACAGAUGGUGGCGGUGCGGCCCGGUAAGCUGCUGUUGCGGAGCCGGCGGCCGGAGCUGAGCCAGCCCCGCUGGCAGACGGUGGGGCGCUGGGAGCGGCCGCAGCUAGUGUCGGCAGGCUGGAAGCAUAGGAAGGCGCGUGGGGACUACUUUCAGCUGGAGGCCGUCCGGGAGGCGGCCCCCGCGCUGCUGGCGCCGCAGACCGAGGCGGGUCAGGGCCCCCUCUUCGGGGAGAUGGGGCUGCAGCCGGCCCUGCUGACCGCCCUGCAGGAUCUCUCGAUCGGCAGCCCCACGGCGGUGCAGCGCCUCGCCAUCCCCGCCCUGCGCCGCGGUCGUAGCGCCCUGUGCGCCGCCGAGACGGGCAGCGGCAAGACGCUGGCCUACCUGCUGCCGCUGCUCGACCGGCUGCUGGCCCGCCCCUCCGAUCCGGAGCCGGCCGUGGAGAAGCCCGAGGGGUCGGGGCCGCGGUCGGCGUCGCCCCGCGGGUUGGUGGUGCUGCCGUCGCGGGAGCUGGUGGCGCAGGUGGGCGCGGUGGCCGCGGCGCUGUGCCGCCCGGCGGGGCUGCUGGUGCGCGGGCUGACGGGCGGCGGCGCCGCGGGAGGGCUCAGGCGGCAGCUACGGGCGCCGCCACCGGGAGCCGCCGUGCUGCUGGGCACCCCAGGGGCGCUGCGGACCGCGCUGCGGCGGCGCUUCCUGGUCCUUGGGCGGCUGCGCUGGGUGGUGCUGGACGAGGCGGACGCGCUGAUAGACGACGAGUCCUUUGCCACGCCGCUGGAGGAGGUCCUGGCACACGCCCCGCUUGCCGCGGGUGCCCCCGGGCCGGCCGGCCCCGGGGAGGAGAGGACCCAGGUCGUGGUGGUGGGAGCCACCUUCCCCGCGGGGCUGAGCCAGAUGCUUGCAAGGUUUGUCGAUGUGGACCGCUUUGUCAAUCUGAGCACCCAGAGCUUGCACCGCCUGCCUCCACAUGUCCAACAGAAGUUUGUGCGUCUCAAAGGCCAGGACAAGCUGCCUGAACUGCUGCAGCUCCUCAAGGAGCGCUCAGCAUCCAGUGGGGCUGUUCUCAUCUUCUGCAACAGCGCCAGCACCGUCAACUGGCUGGGCUAUAUCCUGGAUGACCACAAAAUCAAGCACCUGAGGUUGCAGGGACAGAUGCUGGCAGCUGCCAGAGCUGGCAUCUUUGCCUCCUUUCAGAAGGGAGAUGUGUCUGUCCUCGUCUGCACUGACCUCGCCUCCCGGGGGCUGGACACUAGCAGCGUGCAGCUCGUGGUCAACUAUGACUUCCCAAACACCCUGCAAGAUUACCUACACCGUGUGGGGCGUGUUGGGCGGGUCGGAAGCAAGAUGCCUGGAGCUGUGGUUAGCUUUGUCACCCAUCGAUGGGAUGUGGACCUGGUGCGGAAAAUAGAGACAGCUGCCCGGAAAAGGGCAGGUCUCCCAGGUAUGGACACUUCUAUUAAUGAACCUCCACCUAAAGCAGGUUAAUUUGAGUUGCCAAGUGGUAAUACAUGGUCUGGUAGGGAUUAAAUUGAAUCCAUUAAGACACAACAAGUAAGUGUAAGUGUGAGCUAGGCAGAAAUGGUAGAGAAUUGAGUUUCAGAACAAGGUGAUCUGGUUAACUUGGUGCACUGUUCUGGAAGCUGUAAUAGUUAUUUCCAGAGGCAUCACAAUUCAUGAACAUGUGUGUGUGAUGUGCAGUUCUGUUGCAUUUCAGUGUUCCUUAUCACUAGCAGCAAAACCUCAUCAUUAAAAUGUCUACUGGCGGGGGAAAAAAAAAUUAUCGUCCCAACUUUGUUGCAACUUUGACCCAAUUUUAGUUACAUGGUGGAAAGGCAAAAUGACAAAUUAUGUUGUAUUUUUUUACUUAUAGUGGCUUAUUCAGAGAAUUGUAGACCAGAUGCCUCUAAAGAUGGAUAGGAGAGAAAAUGUACAAUAAAACUGAAGGUUUUUUCAGGCUUUGUCUUUCAGUGAGAAUAAACAUUGGUGCUGCUUUAUUGUAUUAAAAAAGGUAUUAAGUGAUUACUGAUUGCUGUUUAUAUGACAUGUCUCUUGAUCUGAUUAAAAAAAAAAGCUGAAAAUGUCUCCAAUGAAAGGAAAGAAAGUGUUUUGACUUGAAUUCUAUCCUAAUGAAACAGAUACAGAAAGUUUUGUUUGAGUAUGGUGUCAUUGUUCACUUAAACUGGGAGGAUUAAAACGAGGCUGAGAUUAUUUUGUAUCUAGCUGUCAGUUUGUAUCCAUGGGAAAUAAUCAUUUUUUAAAAAAAAAAGUAGUAGUUCUCAUUUAUUCUCAUUCCCCCCUGGCUCGGGGGACUUAUCGCAGCUCUUCCUUCUAGUGGCUGUUUCUUCUAUCCAUCUUUUUAGCCUGUGCUAAAAACUCAGUAUGUAGAAAUCUGUUAACUGAAAAGAUCAUGACAGAGUGUCUCUAUAUCUGGUUUCCAACCAAACAAGGUUCUGGAGCUAGUCUUAGUAUGAAUGAAAACUAAAGAAACAGAAAACAGAAACAGAAAACUAAAGAAACAGAAAACAGCCACUUCAGCAUAAGGUUAUACCAUUUUCCUAGAUACUGAACCCAUGUAUUCUGUUCAAUUGUAGUUACAGGACUCUCAGGGUAAAGUUGCUUUCUUCAGUAGAAAGCUUUCAACUUUGUAAAUGAAGUGGAAGAGCAAUCUGCUCAGAAGUGAAAGCUUUAUAUUUUGGACCCAUUUGUUGCAUAGAUCACUUGCCUCUCUAAAGUUCAUUCCAUUGCAAAUCGUGGAAUUGAUGUGUCCACAGGCAGAAGCAUGCUCUCCUGGAGAGUAAAUACUUAGAAAUUUGGGGGCAAUCUGUAGGAUUAUGAUUUACAGAAAACCUUUGUGGAAAUACAUUUUAUGUUGUAUCAGGUCUUGUGAAUGGCUUUAAUGUGAGUACCCUGAUUAUCUUAGAUGAAGUAGCUUGUAUUAAACUCCAAGGGGAAAAAAAAGACA